UUUAUAUUUUCUGACAAUGGGAACAUUUUUUUCCUAAAUUGCCGCGCGCUGUAACGCAACUGAUUUAAACACAUGUUGUAACGAAACGUACUGCAAUUGCAGCUGCUACAUAAUCAUAAUAUAAAGACUGGCUCAAAAUAUUCUCCCCCGUGAUCUUUCAAACCAUUUGCGUUUGAGGAUUGAACUUUUGAGCAAACUGAACGUUAAACAUGGAAGUAUCAAUGACGGAUAAUGAUGUGUGUUUCAAAUCCAAGUACAUUACGGAUGAGCUGGUUCGGAUUUUCACUGAAGAAACUGACACGGAGGACGAAGAAUUUGAGGGGUUCGACGAAGAUAGCUCGUGGAUCAGUGAUGGAAUCAAGUGCAUGUCUGAGGAGUCAGAAGACGACGAUGAGGACGACUCAAAAGCCUUUGCGAGGAGGAAGAGCGCCGGUCUCUGCGUGGCCUUUCGGUUUCCAACCAAGAAGGGACAGGCCCAGAGGAAAAGUGAGCGGAGGCACAAGCAGGCCUCUGACAGGCAGACUGAUCCUCAGCCAGUGACUCCGAGGGCCAGAGGGAGAAGAGGAGGCGCAGGAAGAGGAAAGAGAGGAGCAAUGGAAAAUGUUCCCCCACCUCCGAUGAACAGCAGUCCCCUGCAGACUAGCCCCGCUCUAGUGUCUGAAUCUGGAAACGAGGACACAGCUGAUGAGGACCAGUCCCAAGCUUUGCAGAAGCGGGCCAAUAAUAUCAAAGAAAACAAAGCAAUGCUUGAAAAGCUGCUAGCAGACUUGAGUUCGAUGCCUGUGCUUUUCCCGGUGAAAACACAGUCAGUGUCUACGCCUUCGCCGAAGAAGAGAUCGAACCCUAAGAAAGCCCGACCUCAGCGUGAGAUCACCGAGCGUCGUAACCCCACACGCAGCGCACGGCCUCCCGCCAAUUUUGGGGCUGAGGAUUUCUCCAUUUCGCCCUCCAAGUUUAUAGCGCAACUUGGGAACAUUAAGAAGGCGAAACUUAGGGCAAGACUAACCGAGGUGAACCACGAUGGUGUAAAGAAACAGCGAAGGUCCUCCUCAAAACACACAGCUCCCCGUGCAGUCGAUGACAUCACAGAGGAUGAGCUGGAAAAUGUGGCAUACACAGCAAAAGACAAGAUUUAUGACAAAGAACAUGGCAGCACUUGCCAUCAGUGCAGACAGAAGACCAUUGACACCAAGACCGUCUGCAGGAAUCCCAACUGCUGGGGGGUGAGGGGCCAGUUCUGUGGGCCCUGCCUGCGCAACCGCUACGGUGAAGAUGUCCGUACUGCGCUGCUGGAUUCUAUGUGGGUUUGCCCUCCAUGUCGGGGCAUCUGUAAUUGUAGUUUCUGCAGGAAGUCCGAUGGCCGCUGUGCCACAGGGAUCCUCAUCUACAUGGCCAAGUUCUACGGCCACAGCAAUGUGAAGGAGUACCUGGACAGCCUCCAGAAAUGCGUGUCUUAGGACCCCUUAUUUACCGAAAUCGCCCAAGAGCAGUGGGCCAGCUGAAGACUGCAUUUUAUAAACCAUGGUUAAGGGACUGUAUCUUAUUUACCUUUCAUUUCAAAGUGGUGGACCGUUUAGUUUUGUCUUUCAGUGAAUGUAUAAAUGUCUGUUGGUCCUUUUGGUAUUACCUAUUUCAAGCCAGCAGUGUAUUUGUAUUUUGUACUAAUAACACACAAUUAAUAGAAGCCUAUUAGCACUUUCCUAUCACUGACACUGAAAAAUCUUGAUCUCGUUUUUGUGGCAUUCUUUUACUUGAGCAUUUUAAAAGGCAGAAUUGUAUUAUAAAACCAGGCAAUCUCAUUUUGUUUAAGCCAUUCCUUUAAUCCAGUUGUCUCUUGGAGUACAGUGUCAUUUUUUGCAUUUUUAAAAAUAUACUGUGUUCAGUGUUUUUGUCAAUACUGGAAACUGACAAUAAAGCAGUGUAGUUACAAUA